AUGGGAGAAGGAGCCGAUUGUGAGGGGGCGGCCCCAAAGCCGCCAGCCUCGGACUCCGUCCUCCCUGCCUCUCCCAAGGCACCUCCCUCCCUGGUCCCGUGGAUGGCACUGCCACCCUUCGCCCGGGCUGGUCUCUGCCCCCACAUCCAGCAGCCUGGCUUUAGCCUUCCCUUCCAGCUCCUCACGUGCCCGCCUGCCGCCCUUCCCGGGUGCCAGGGCGCCACUCCUUGGCCCAAGGCUGCCCAUCGUCUUCGGUGUAAAGCGUGCCCGCUCGGGCUGGGCUCCGAGGCUCGCCCACUUGCCCUCGCCGCCCUCUAUUGCCCUGAGUCCGCGGCCGGUCCCUGCACCCAGGCUCUGAGCAGCGCCCACCCCCUCCAGAGUCCCGAGGGCACCCCGGGGAGCCCAGCCACGGGGCCGGGGGCUGGCCGGGUCCUUCCGGCACCGCCUCGGUGCCAGCUUCGGGAUCGUCCCCUGGAAGUGCCGGAGGCCCGAGGCCGGGGCGCCACGCCCGGCUCCGGGAGAAGGGGGGCGGGGAGGGGCCGGAGGCCUCCGGCCGGGCUGUCCGGUGCCCGCCUGGGCCCGCAGCCGCCAGGGGGCGCGCCGCCCCAAAGCGCUGCACUGGAACUCGGCAGGCCGCCCCGCAGCCCGCUGACCCCCGCCGCCGCCGCCACCGCGGCGCUCAGGCCCCCGUCGGACGGCUGCCCGCGCCGGGCCCCCCAAGAAGACAAAGGAGAUGCCCGGCCCCCCCCGGCGGCCGACGGGCCGGACCCCGCGCCGCCCCCGCUGCCCCCGCUGCCCGCCGGCAGCGCCCCCCCCUUCCCUCCCUACUUUGAGGGGGCCCCCUUCCCCCACCCGCUGUGGCUGAGACACACGUACAACCAGUGGGUGCCGCAGCCCCCGCCGCGGCCCAUCAAGCGCACCAAGCGGCGGCUGUCGCGGAACCGGGACCCGGGCCGGCUCAUCAUGAGCACCAUCCGGCUGCGGCCGCGCCGCGUGCUCUGCGAGAAGUGCAAGAACACCCUGAACCCCGAGGAGGGCCCGGCCGGCCCCCCCAGCGCCAAGCCGGCCCGGCGGAGGCCCGGCGCGCCCGACAAGGAGCCCAGGAAGGCCGAGGAGCCGGACGGCGAGCUGCGCCGGCCCAGGCGGGAGAAGGCGGCGGCGGCGGCGGGGGCGGGCGAGCCGGUGCCGCGCAGCCCCGUCAUCAAGAUCUCCUACAGCACGCCGCAGGGCACCGGCGAGGUGGUCAAGAUCCCCUCGCGCGUGCACGGCUCCCUCAAGCCCUUCUGCCCCCCGCCGCGGGGCCCCGAGCCGCCCGCCGCCAUCCCCAAGCUGAAGCUGAGCCGGCCGCUGCCCCCGGGGGACGCGCCGCCCCCCAAGAUCCGCCUGAAGCCGCACCGGCUCCCCCGCGGCGGCCACAGCGUGUCCAUCUACAAGGCCGAGCUGGUGGACGAGCUGGGCGAGGCCCGCGCGCCCCCCCUGAGCCCCGCCUUCUACGCCGGCCGCUCCCCCCGGCUGUCCUCGGGCGGCUCGGCGGACGAGGACGACUUCGGCGGCUUCCCUCCGGCCCCGGCCGGCCGCGACGGCCUCGCCUUCCUCGUGAACUACAAGCGCAAGGCCGACUCGUCCAGCCUGUCCGUGUGCAGCAACGACAGCCUGGACGAGGGCAAGUCGUCCGCCUCGGAGCCCGCCUCGCCCGCCGCCUGCCGCUUCCUGCCCGGCGACGACGCCUCCGUGUCCUCGUCCUCGCGGGAGGAGCGCAAGACCGUCCCGCCGCUGACCGUGCGGCUGCACACGCAGAGCGUGGCCCAGUGCGCCACCGAGGACGGCCGCACCGUGGCCGUGGGCGACGUGGUCUGGGGCAAGAUCGCCGGCUGCCCCUGGUGGCCGGCCCGCGUGCUGGACCUGAGCCUGGGCCACAAGGAGGACGGCGAGCCCGCCUGGGCCGAGGCGCGCGUCUCCUGGUUCGGCUCGCCCACCACGUCGUCCCUGUCCGUGUCCAAACUGUCCCCCUUCUCGGAGUCUUUCAAACUGAGGUUCAACCGCAAGAAGAAGGGCGUCUACCGGCGCGCCAUCGCCGAGGCCGCCCGCGCGGCCCCCCACCUGAGCCCCGAGAUCAGGGACCUCCUGAGCCACUUCGAGACGUAGCCUGGGCUCGGGGACCCGGUAACAGAAGACGCGCUCCCAGCCGUGGUGCCAGCAUCUGCAGGAGGGGAAGGGAGCGGGCCCGGCCUGGAGCCGGGACCCCGG